GCCAGCGCCAUGAGAAGUUAUAUAACUUUUUUUUUUUAUCCCGUCCAAUCGCGAGAUUUGAGAGAUUUCUUUCUUUCAUCGUCAUCAGAGAAGCUUCCAUUCCGAGAUCCUUUGCCUUCGCCGUGUUCCGUUCGAACCAUCCCCUCUGGACCUAGUCGGUCGCCGACAUGUGGGCCCCACCCGCGGCCUCUCCGGCGGCGGCGGCAGGGUCUACCCCCUCGCUCCGGCCGGGAGCGGCGGCGGUCCGCGUCCUCGUCACGCUGCCUGCGGCGGCGGGCGCGCGGGCGCGGCAACCUCUGCGGCGGCGGCUUCUCUGCAUCGCUUUGCCGCCCGCGUCGGAGAUGGCCUCUGCGGCGGCGGCGGCGGAAGAAGAGGAGGAGAGGGGGAGGAUGAGGGCAGUGGAGAUGGACGCGGCGGUGAGGCGGGAGCUGGCGAUCCGGAGGCUUCGGGAGGAGGCCGAGGCCGAGGAGGGGAGGAGCAGGCGGGACUUCGCCGUGUUCGAGACCGCCAGGGGCGACGCGCUCUUCACGCAGUCGUGGACUCCGGCCGCCGCCGGUCGCGUCAAGGGCAUCGUUGUUCUGUUGCAUGGUCUAAACGAGCAUAGUGGAAGGUACAACCAUUUUGCAAAACUGUUGAAUGAUCAAGGGCUUAAAGUUUAUGCUAUGGACUGGAUCGGACAUGGUGGAAGUGAUGGGGUUCAUGGAUAUGUUUCAUCGCUUGAUCACGCUGUUGGUGACUUGAAAGAAUUUCUUGAGGAUGUUGUAUUGGAGGAAAACCAUGGUUUGCCAUGUUUCUUAUUUGGACACUCCACAGGUGGAGCUAUUGUUUUAAAGGCAGCACUAGAUCCUUGUGUAGAACUUCAUGUAGAAGGUGUGGUCUUAACAUCACCAGCUAUUCAUGUUCAACCAUCUCAUCCGAUCAUCAAAGUUGUUGCACCGAUUUUCUCCAUGCUAGCUCCAAAAUACCGAGUUAGUGCUUUGCAUAGGAGAGGACCUCCUGUUUCCCGUGAUCCAGAGGCUCUGAAGAUGAAGUAUUCAGAUCCCCUUGUAUAUACUGGACCAAUUAGAGUUAGAACUGGCAACGAAAUUCUCCGGAUAUCAUCAUAUCUGCAGAGAAACUUGAGCAGAGUUACUGUCCCUUUUCUUGUUCUUCAUGGUACAGCUGACACAAUAACUGAUCCAAGAGCAUCCCAGCGAUUAUACCAAGCAUCAAUGUCAAGAAAUAAAUCAAUAAAACUAUAUGAUGGAUAUUUACAUGAUCUUCUCUUUGAACCGGAAAGGGAUGAUAUAGCAAAUGACAUCAUCAAUUGGUUGAGCGCAAGACUUGAUAUUCUUCAGGGAUGGUGAGGUGAAUCUGCUACAAGGUGCUUCCACUGGUUACUGGAACUGGAUUACAUGAUAUAGAGUAUAAAAUAGUGUAAUUGUAAAAGGGUAUCUUUUAACACGUUAUCUCCCGGUCCUCACGGCCUUUUAUUGUCUUCAGUUCUGUUGAUAAAGGGUAGAAAAGAGGCUGCCUGAGAUGUAAGUAGUUUUAGAGUUGUGCUGAAAAUAAUGUAAUUUCCUAUUACACAGUUAGUUCAGUGCCUCUUUAAAAAGAAAAGCUUGGUUCAACAUUA